AGACCGCCGCGUCCUAAAACAAGAUGAACAGCGUGGAAAUGUACGGUCACGGUACGUCUCUUUAUCUCGCUCCUCAGCUGUGAGUUUGCUUCGCGAAGACAUUUAGGCUCAAGCCGUUUCAUCUCGCCGGGACGGCCGUCAGCCGAACGUAUCGAAGCGCGAUGUCAAAAACAAACGGCAAGAAGAAAAGUUGCUUCCAGAUCACGAGCGUCACGCAGGCUCAGGUGGCCGCGAGCUGCAUCCCGGACGACACCGAGAGCCUGGACGAGCUGGACGUGUCGUCGGGUCUGUUCGACGUGUCUCGGGUGGACCCGGGCGCGUGUGACAGGGGCUCCCCGGAAGAAGCCCUCAACAGUUGUGGAGGUCAUCAGGAGGGACAGCUGCCCCACACAGGUGCUGUGAACGGGGGGCCGUGUUAUAAAAGUGCACCUACUGGUGGAGUCGCCCCACAUAAUGGAGGAGGAAGUGUGCCGGUUCUGAGCUCCACUGCCCCCGCUGCCUCUUCUGUCGCCACCAGCAGUUGCACCUCCCGGUUUAGGGUCAUUAAACUGGACCAUGGCAGUGGAGAGCCCUUCAGACGGGGCAGGUGGACAUGUACUGAGUUCUAUGAGAAAGAUUCAGAUCCAAGUGUCAGUCGAACUGUGGACAGCAUAAAGCCGGCUGUAGCCCUCGAUCAAAGCAUGGACCGGGACAGUGGAUUAGGAGCCACCAUUACUUCUAUAGUCAAUAGUGUGUUUUCUGAAAACACUGAUAGUGGCUACUCUGUGUCUGCGGGACAUCCCACCCACUCCCACGCUUCAGAUCCUCUGCAGCAAGMCUACAUGUCUCCUCAGAUCGGGAGCGGAGCAAGUGCCUUCCAGCCCGCGGGGUUCACAGCCGCAGCGUCGCAGCAAACCAAACAGGCUCAGGUCAAUAUGCAGCCCGUUACGCCCCAAAACGUCCUCAACGGUGCCCACCAAGGUGCCGUCGUGCCCCCUGCCUCGCAGCCCCAGCAGUUCGCUCAUUCUAAUCACCCCGCUGGCUUCUGCUCUGGCUACCCAGACUAUUAUCAGCAACACUUCGGCUUGAACUUAACAUCCUGCUCGUUAGGGUCUUCAGCCAGCCAGGUGUCCCCCCCGCUGUUUACACCCACCGGACCAGUAACACCAGGGCUGGUUGGAGAAGCAGGCCCAGCCCAGGGUCUUGCACAGGCACCGGUCCCGUCCCCCAUCCUAGCAGGAAACACGCAGCAGCCUGUCAACCAGACUCAGCCUUCAGGAGGGUUAGGACCCUCCGCAACCACCGCCGCCGCCGCCUCCACCCAGAGUGGUGGCCAGAACGUGCCUGCCGCAGUGCCCAGCACCACCAGCGUACCUCCGGGCGCGUCGAGUCAGGCGCCCGGCGCUGGAGGACACGUCCAGCUCCAAGGAGCUCACGGGGGAACCGCAGCGGSCCUCGGUUCUGGCUUCAGCAACCAGGCAGAAGACUGGCAGAACUCUGAUGUCACACCUCACCACAGUGCCGUUGCAGUGCCCGGGAAGGAUGGUGUAAAGUCUCCUGUUUACGAGGGUCUCAACCUGCCCACCCCUACUGUCAGCAGCCUUUUUAACAUCCAGAUAUCCCCCCUGGAUGAGGAUGAAGACAGUGCGUCAGGUGCCAGCGUUGUUGCCAUCGAUAACAAGAUUGAGCAAGCCAUGGACUUGGUGAAGAGCCACCUGAUGUACGCGGUUCGCGAGGAGGUGGACGUGCUGAUGGAGCAGAUCAAAGAGCUGUACGAGAGGAACUCUGCGCUGGAGCGCGAGAACGCCGUGCUGAAGUCGCUGGCCAACACGGAGCAGCUCAGCCAGCUGUCCAGCCAGCUCGGCAGCGCAUCGGCGCCGCUGCAGCUGCACCAGUGCUCGCUGGUGAAGAGCACGACCCCCCCUCUGGGUCACCACGACGCGAGCCAGAGCGUCCCCUAUCAGCCGAACAUCACCUCGGCGUGAACCCCUUUUCUCCUUUUUUAAACUCGCACCUCCCACGGACAGGAGAGGAAGGUGCGGUUAAUGCCAACACGCUCCCACCGUCUCCCCAAACACACACCCCCCACCCGCAUCAUACAGCAUCACAGGGCCAUCGCAAUGCUAAGACGUUUACCAGCCAUUAAUGUCUUAUCCUGGUCCCGUGUUUGGCUGCGUUAAGGGGGCAAAAAGGGGGGCGGGGGGAGGAGAAGAGGAGCCGCUGACUGUUCGUGUGCAGGAGAGACGGCGUUCACCAGCACAACCGGCUCGAUUCGUCGGGACAAACCGUGGCGGGAAGGCAGUGUUAAAACCUUUUUAAAGGACAGUCAUGGUGACGUAGGUCCUGUAAAAAACACCCAGGUGGACCGUCCUCCCGUGUGUCCACAUUCCCCCCCACAUCACUCCAGGGCUGGAGGAGGCCAGAGGAAGAAGUGGGACGGACGAGGAGGAGGAGGAAGAAGGGGGGUGGGGCACAAGUGGAGCGAGUCGAGAGUUUCGGCUUGUUUUAAAUGCUGCAUCGCAGGCUUGUGUUGUUUUCUUUGAUAUGAAUCUGAGUAAAUUCUCAUUAGUUCAGUUUUAAGUAUUUUCACUUAUUUAUUUCAGGGCUGCUAUUUUCAUAGUGUAAAUGAACAAUGCCAUGGAGUUGCAUAUUCAAAGCAAAGGAAAAAAAAUAACGCUUUCUUUUGUUUUUUUUUUCUUGGGUAUUUUUAACAAAUUGUCAGGUAUAAAUUUGAUAUAUAUACAUAUAUAUUUUUUGGCACCAUAUAGAUCUCAAAACGUAGGCAAUAAGUUCCGUGGUAGAACUAGUGCUAACACUAAAGCUGAGCUUUCAUUCAGUGAAUUCCAGGUUGAAUGUAUAUUUUGUAAAGUAUUAAGAGCGUGGCGGGUUUGUACGUGAAAUAUGUGACGGGAUGUUUCAAUAAAGAAAAUUAUUUUACUUUUUCUAGGCUUACUUUGUCAAAAAUAGAAAUGAAUUCUGGGGGAAGGGAUGAAAAGCUGUGAAAAGUCUUCAACCUACUUUAUAACCAAAGACUAAAAAAAAAGAUGAUUUUUUUUUUAAAUGCACAUGUUUUCUACUCCCCUGUAUGUUUUGUUUGGCAUGUUCUGCAUGAUUAAUCAGACCACUGUCUUACCUCAUGAUUGUUACCCAUUGUUUUAUUUGAUUUCUUUGUCAGGCUGUGAAUGGUUGAUGGAGGAUUGUGAGCAGGUGGGGCGGAGGAAGUGUUAGAGAUGUAAAGAAAAGAAAGGAGGGAACAGAAACGUGUUUACUGUAGUUUGAGAUUGAGGGAGGAGCUGUGUGCGUAAAAGAAAAGGAAAAAGAGCCAUUGUUGUUCUCAUAUGAAUGCUGGUUAAUCUGAUCUAUUAAACAUUUCACAUAUUCCUGCUGCAGCCCAGUCGAUUGUGUCUGAGCAUAUUAUGGGAUGUCCUGUCUGUGUCCUGUCUCGAGGCCUGCAGUUGGAAGGUGAUUUGGUUUCUUUCUCUGGUUUAGAACCAAACCAAACUGCUUAUAAAUUGUACAAUCAAACAUUUUUUUUUUGUUUUGUCUUUCUUCCAUUUGAAGGAGAAGCCGCGUACAUGCCAAAUGUACUGUAUGAAAGUGAUCACUGAGCCUUGGAGAAAAUAAACUAAUGCCCUUGUAAUGUGCUGUUCAGACGAUUUUAGUUCUCUGUCCGAAAAUAAAUAACCUUUUCAUUAUCA